ACCUCCAUCCUAAUCUGCCCAUUUCAUUUCAUUUCUUCUCUUUGGUGGUAGUUGCUUCAUUUCCGUCGUCGUGCUGCUCCUCCGUAUCCCCAAUUUAGGAGCAGCCGGAGCCUAUACAUUCCGAUGAACAAACAACAAGUAUAUAAUUAUAAAUAAUCAUCAUCAAUAAAUUUAAAACACAAAACCUACUCUUCACUUCAUCUUCUUUUUAUCUUUACUUUCCUAACGCAUUCUCUUCUUCUUCUUCUUCUUUUUUGUUUUUUACUUUUGGUUGCAAUAUCUUACAUUGUAUCUUCCUGUUGAUUACCGAUUGAUAACGCUACCGCACAAUUAAUUAUUACAUAUUAUUGUUCCUGAUGACGUUAUUGUGUUCACCACCGGUCACAUAUCGGUGCUGAUUAUCUGCAUCACCAACUGUCACCCGAUCCUUUAUUUAUUAAUUAAACUUUUUUCCGAUCAUCAAUUUGACUAACCUUUGCUUCGAACUGGAUCCCGAUCUAAAUUUGUAUUGUUUUUGUUUCUAAUCUGUUGAUAUUUAUGGAUGUUGUUCGUGUAAUCGCUUCUGAUUUUGCGGAAUCGGUUCCGAUUGCUGGAUUAUCGGUUUGGGGAUGCUCACAACUAUUAUAAGUUCAGAUAAUCUACUAGUUGGAUAGUUUGUUAAGAGGAAUGUGUUCAUUAGUUUGAUUGAAGAUUAAGGUUUCGGCUUUUGGAGUAAGAAUUUGUGUAUUAUGGGAUUGCCACAAGAUUCGUAUAUCGGCGGUACUUCUGAGGUUGCAGGGAUAUCAAGCACAUUGGAGCACAAGUUACCUCUAAUUGAUGAGUACGCUUGUGAUUCGACUGAUGUGGAAGCAGAUAUUGUCGGUGAAAGCCCUGGGCAUUCGUUUGAUUCGUUGUUUGGUAAUUGUGGUGGUAAAUCCUCAUUGGAGAGAUUUGAAUUUCCAGAUUCUGUUUUUAGAGAGUCCACUGAUGAUGUCAAGGUGGAUGUUCACCUAAAUAAGUUUGAUUCAACUACACCUAAAUCUAUACAAAGUUUCAAGGCUCCAUUUUCUAGAAUUGUGGGAUUUGAAUCUGACAAAAAGGAUGCGUCUACGGCCAACAUAAACAUGAAUGAAAAGAAAAUAAGCGUGUCAAUGGCGCGCAAGAGAAUGUUGUCACCGUUGAAUACUAUGCUUUCUUCCCACCCAUUUGACGGUGACCAUAUAGAUAUUGGCCGUCUGCAUGCCAAUACUGAUGAUCAAAAGGUGAAGAAUUACAAGAAAGCCAACAUAGGAAACAGUAAUCAUUCCUCUAAUAACAUAUUACAUAAUUACAAUUGUACAAGUUCUAGUUUUUCCACAGAUGGACCCGUUCUUGAGGAAAACCAAGUGUUAUCUUCGUUCUUUCCAUCCGGGUUCAGGGAUUUUGACAAUUCAAGUAACCGAAGAUUGCAGACCAGCUUGAUACCAAUACCAGCAGACAAGGUGACCCUGACCCGUUCUUCAUCCCCACUAGAUCCACGAUUUAGUAAUGCGGAGAGAGAAAUGGUCAUGGGUACUAUACUUGAAUCCAGUGAAGUUGAAUAUAGGAUGUCAAGCAAGUCAUUUGACGAAGUUGGUUGUUUAUUUGAUGAAAUCGGGUCAUGUUCUCCUAAAAGUUACACCGGAAAGAGCUGGCCUUUUCACAAAGAUUUGGAAACUAGCACUAAUAUUCGGAAACUAAGGUGCAAAAAAAGGGGUCUGCCUGUUAGGAGGUCGUUGGUCGGUUCUUUUGAAGAAUCAUUGUUAUCAGGUCGGCUUUCAUCAGGUGACAUAAGCAAGAAAAUCGAUGGAUUUAUGGCGGUACUCAGCGUGAACGGGGGAAGCUUUUCACCAAAAGCUCGGAAACUUCCUUUUGCAGUUACCAGUGUUGAUGGAGAUAAUUACUUAUUGUACCAUGCUUCAAUAGACCUUGCAGGGAAUUCCUCAUCAAGCAAUUUAAGAAGCCAAAUUCGGUUUCAAAAUGAUGAUUCUCAAAGUAGCAAGAGUCGUUUGCGAAUUCCUAUGAAAGGGCGGAUACAACUGGUUUUAAGUAAUCCAGAGAAGACACCUCUUCAUACUUUUUUCUGUAAUUAUGAUUUGAGCGACAUGCCAGCUGGCACGAAGACUUUUCUACGGCAUAAGGUGACUUUAAGUUCAGAAAGUGGUUGCUCUGGUCAAACCAUCACAAGAAAUGAACCUGCUGGGUGCAACAGUAAUACCUGCCAGGUGGAUGGUGACCUGGCUUCCAGCUGGCAGGAUACCUCCAGUAAAUAUAAAAGUGUAUGCUCAAAAAUCAAUGGAAAUAAUAGUGCCAUUGUUGGCGCUCUACGCUAUGCUCUUCACCUUCGUUUUUUGUGUCCUCAUAGAAAAUGUUCAAGACUGGUUCAGAAGUUUGAAUCUGACCCUUUUCCUCAAUCUGAAAAAAAUAAUUUAAAUAAAAACGAGGAACGGAAGUUUUUUCUGUGUAGUGAUUUGAAGGUGGUGUUCCCUCAGCGCCAUUCAGAUGCCGAUGAAGGGAAGUUACACGUUGAAUAUCAUUUCCCUGAAGAUCCAAAGUACUUUAAUAUCGACUUGUGACAUGUAUCUAUAUGAGGUUGAAGAACAUAACACAGUAUAUGGAUAUGAAGCAUAUGUUGUUAAAAAACAAGGAGUUUGAUCAAUUUUGGUUCAUUAUGUUGUGAUUAUUUGAGUUUAUGAGGAAGCAACCAAAUGCAGUUACAGGAAUUUGGAAAUAAAUAUGAAGGCCUUGCAUGCUAUUGAAAGCCAGAUGGUCUAGUCUAUGAAUAUAUGAUUUACAUGUGUUUUUUUGGUUAGAGGUAUGAAUUUUUGUAAUAUUAAAAGCAUUUGGUCUCCUCAUGUUAUGCCAUUAUCUUGUGGUAUGUUGUAAAA